UCUAGACGCUGUUCUAUAGCGAUCCAGCCAUUUCCCCACAUAAAUAUCAUACACACCAGCCUCUGGCAGAGGAAGGCACAUUUGGAAGACUGGAGAAGGGGAGGAGGAGGUUGGGGUCACUGUCUCGGGAUUCAGGGCUCUGAGUCCCUAGGCCACAGGGGCCAGAAGGGACACAUCCAUGUGCAGCUCCAGCUAUCAGCUGGCUAGCUGUGCCGGGCCAGCUCACCUCUGGAGCCCCAUUGUGCCCAUGUGGAGCUUUGUCUCGGAAAGGAGCCCGUGUCGGGUCCCAGUCUUUGCUGGAGGCCAGGACUUCCAGGGACCAAUCCCUCAUGGAAUGGGACUCCCGGUGGGGUGGGGUCCACCCCUCACAUUCUCUCUUUCUCCAGGUAAUCUACACCAUGACAGAGUGUGGGAAUGGGGGGUUUCACUAGCUGGGGGUAGCCUCGUGCGGGAAGUGGGAUUUGAGUUGGACCAGAGUGUGGCCCCUCAGAGGCAGAAGAAUGCAAGUGAAGGGCAGCGGGGAUGCAUGGGGUGGGGGGUGCAGAUUCAGACAGUCCAUAGCAGAUUCUAGCCGGUAGAGGAGUUCUUUUGCUAGAUCCCUGACAGGUAUCUGACCUGCAGCUUGCACAUCUCCUAUGACAGAGAGCUCAUCACUUCCUAAGCAGCGCUAACCACAUGAGCACAUACUUUCUCAGGGAGGACAACCUCGGCCGUAGUUCUGUCUGCAAACAUCUGUUCCAUCCUUCUCUUGUCAGCCUGUCAGAGGCUUAAUGCUAGGCAUCUUCCCUCCCCUCUGGCUGCUUUUCUCCUGCCAACCAGUCCCAGCUCUUUGUGAGAGGUGGUUUCUAGACCUGGAGUUUUAUUCCUGGCAUACUGUAAUUUGGGGUUGGCAAAUAGAGUUUUGCCACGAGCCAGCUGGGGUCAGGCAUGAGGAGAUCUGCAGGAGGGAAUCUGUGAUCAAUUAGCAAUGUCUGCCACAGACAAACGAGGAGAAGCAAGCGGUUUGUGCCCAGACGCGGUCCUCUGCUGUGAUCUGACACCUGUAGUGGACAGCCAGGCUGCUUUUGCUUCUGGCUUUAUAUUCAUGUUAGCGACUGGCUUCCCAGCUGUGUCACUGCAUCAGCUCAUGUUAAGCUCAUGGUCGGCCAGACAAACCUUGUCUUUUUUCAUAAGAACAGCCAUCAAACCAGAAUCUUCCCCAGAGCUUGACAUUGUUUCCAUUAUAUGGAUAUAUAAGUAAUUUAAAUCAAUCCCUUGUUGACGGGCAUUUAGAUUAUUUCCAAACUUUUAUAAUUAGAAACAACACUGCAGUGAAAUUCCUUUCAUUUACCGCUUUGCAGAUUCGCUCAUUUCCUUAGCGUGAAUCUCUAGGAGAGGGAUUACCAGACCAGGAGCACCUUCUGAGAGUGCUGGGCAGCAGCCUCCUAACUGUCGUAGAAUGUUCCAGAAAUUCUAAACUGCCAGGGACUGUCAGCCACUUGGAACAGGUGCCAGCCCCACUCCUUGAUUUGCAUAUGACCCAGGUGUCUAGGAGAGAUCCCCGAUGCCAUUGUGCAGUUGAGGACCCACUCCAGGGUGUUCAGGCCUGGCUGAUGGACGCAGGUUGUAGCAGAAGCUUCCCAAAGGCAGCUGACCCGGGUGGUGAGAUGUUGUGCUCUGGUGCAGAAAUCACCGUGGCAAAGAAAUGGUGUGCAGGGUGGGCUGCUGGUGCAGGAGGCAGGGGAGGGAAGAGGGGGUUGGGGCAGCAGAGGAUGGAGGCCAGGGGCUGGGCCUGAUGGUUCCCUGACCCCCAAUCCCUGCUAUGUCAAGCGUGGCCGUCAUAUAAAGCAAAGGUCUCCGUCCCUAGGGCAACCUGCUGUGGGAAGGGAGAGGAUGACUGUUCUGUUCACACUGGACAACCCUCCUCCUCCCCCAGGAAGGAACUGGGGGCAGAGCUGAGUACUAACCAGAACCGAGGGGCCCGUGAGUUUCAGUGCGUUGCUAUAAGUAAAGUAGCUUUACGGGUUCCGUCAGAGGAUGUUCAAGUGGAAUUUGAUAGCUGUUUCCAUCUAGUACUCUGAAAAACUUAUACCAACUUAGAUGUUCUGAGAGUGGCUAUUGGCCAUACUCGUCACCAUGGGGCAUUUUCACUUGAAAAAAAGUUACCUUUCUGUUCACCAGCUGUUUGGCUCAGAUUAAGAAAGGAGUCUCUUUUCGUGUCGAAUAGUGUGUGGCUUCUGAUCGUCCUCGGGCUCAGGGUGGGUUGUUGCGCUGCAUACGUACUUUCACGCAGUGCUCACUUAUGUAUCAGAGGACUUUGUCGGUGGUGGGGCCAUGCUGGUUGCGGUAGGAUGGCCUGGCCAAUUCUUUUCUUACCAGGAUGGUCUGGGGUUGUUUUUGAUUUUGGUGCCGUGGAAGCAUUGCCACAUUGCACGAGUCGAGAGGAUACCAUUCAGGUAGAUUCAGCAGGACUGGGUGACAGAUUGAGUGGGACGGGGGUGGGGGCUGGCUGUGGGGAAGGGCCUGAUGUGAUGACGACACCCAGGACCCUGACUCGUGUCACUGUGUGACGGUGGAGAAAGAGCAUGAGUUUGGUUUGGGGCACCCACGAUGUCUGGCAGGAAUGAUGUGAGAAACUAUGUUCCGGGACCUGGCUCCCAGCAGGCCUGGGGAAAUGCCUUCUCUCCUUUGGCAAGUAUUUACUGAGCACUGUUACCUGGGCACACGGGUUGGCAUUUGGGGAACAUCAGCAAGCAAAACAGACAAAUUGCCCCCACUCUCUUACAGCUUAUACACUGAUGUCCGAGACAGACGACAAACCAAAAAACUAGAUAAAUGCAUUAUACAGUGUGUUUUGAAGUAAUGAUUGUCACCAAAGGAAAAAACAAAAGAGAAGAAAGGGACCAGUAAUCUGGGGGUGGGAGUGGAGAGAGAGCGAUGAUUUUUAAAUCUGGUGCUAGCAGAGAUCUGGGGGAGAGUGUUCCAGGCAGAGAGAACAGCCAGUGCAAAGGCCCUGAGGCAGGAGGAUGCCUGACCCCUUUGAGCAGAGAGGAAGUCCGUGAAUCAGGAAGUCAGAAUGAGCAAGGAGAGGAGCUAAGAUGAGAGCAGCUGAGGUCAGGCCUUCAAGGACAUUGCAAGGACAGCGUCUUCUAAGUGUAAUGGGGAUCAAGGGAAGCACUUGAUCUUAUGUUUUAUCAGAGUCACUGUGGCAGCCAUGGGGAGAAGAGAGGCAGGGGGACCACCGAGGAGGCUGUUGUGAUAAUCCAGGGAGCAGUGAUGGUGGCCUGGACCAUCUGCUGAGAAGGGAGCAGAGCCUGGGUGUGUACGGAAGGUAGGGCUGAUGGGGGGAGGCUGCAGCUGCCUCAUGGUGAAGAGAAAGGCUGCGAGUGACCGUCAGACCCCUUCCCUUGGCUGUGAGGGGAGGCUUGGCCCUCUCUCCUGAGCAUGUUCUGGAACCUGCUGCCUUAAGACAGUGGGAGCCAGGUAAUGCCCAGAGCAAGGAUCCUGGGCUGGCAUAGCCCCAGGAAGUGCCGCAUCCCUGUCAGGUCACCACCCAUAGACAUCCUGCCCCUGCCCCCAGCCUUCGAGGCAGCCAGGCCCUUCCCCGGCUACUGAGCCACAUACGGCCCUUGAGACCAGAGGCUUGUCGCCUGCUUCUCUUUCCUCGGCCCCUUCUGCCCCAAACCACAGCCAACCGGGGAAUGAAGACAGCCUCUCACAUUCACAGACUCAUCGCCACUGCUGCCAGUAAGAAUGCCCCUUUGCCUGUUCACCGUUGCUUUGAGGCCCGGUGAGCAAGGCCCAGGGAAAGGGUUGAAUCCCCCGCAGACACGAAAGGUGGCCACUGCCUUAUCCUGGGGCGUGUCAAGGCCCACCCCUCCCUGACGGAGCCACCAUGAGGCACAGAAGGGCUUCCUGCUCUGGGGACCUGCAGAGAGCCCGCCCCUUCAAUCUCCCCGUGUUUCUGGAAACCCGGGGUUGUGAGACUCUUUUAAAACCUUAUGAGCAGGGCCCCAGCUGCUUGUCCUCGAGGAUGAGAUUUUGUCUCCUGUCAGCCUCUUGCUCGGAAAAACAGACUCUGCCCCCGAAUGAAGCAUUUCCAGUAGGGGGGAUGUAUGUGUAGAAAUAAUUCCUUGCAAGGCGCUCGGAGGCUGCACGAAAAGGGCAAGGCAGGAAGGCGUGUGGGGGCCAGAGCAAAGGCAGGCGCUCUGGCUCAUCUGUCCGUGGAUAGGCUUGCUCGCCUGUAAGCUGGGGAUCGACCACCUACGAGUCUAAUAGGGGGAUUCCUUCUCUCUUCCAUGCAACUAUUGAUCAAGGCACCGAGUAUUUAUUGUGAGGCACUGUUCAAAGCUAUGUCAAUAGAAUAGGGGAAUUUUAACUUUUGUUAGACCCCACCCUACUCCCCCACCCAGUGCACACAAAUGGGGCCCAGAGGAAACAGCCGUUGGGUAACUGUGACGUCAGGAGUCUUGAAGGGUGAUAUUCCUCUGACACCUUAAGAGGGUCUAGUCCAUCCACAUUGAUAAUGGAUGGGGAGGCAGGCCUGGAAGUGAAGGAUGACCCUCCCUGAUUUAGAGCUACAUCAAGGCAAAGUACCCAGACCUCUUCCCCAAGGAAGGACCUUUGCCACACUUUAGCCUCUGGGGAGCAGGAUGGGAUGUCCUUUGUCACAGGACACCCACCGCAUGUCCCCAGAGGCCGGAGCCAGUUGGUGGAGCGGAAGUCCUGUACUAUUCUUGACCUACAAGUUGGAAAGCAAGUGCAGGGAUUUGCAGCCCAUCCCUGGCUCGGGGCAGAACUGGAACCAAAGGGCAGGCUGUUUCCCUCUGCCCCUACUCCGAGUCUGUCGUCCCCAGGAGUCCGUGAACAGUCACCUUCUAUACUGGCAGGGAGCCCUGCCAGGCCCUGUGAUGUGUGGGGACAAUGUAGCAGAGCUGGGCGGGGGAAGACCAUUUGGCCCCGGGGAUGUUGCGUGUGGGGUGCUCCCUUUGGUCUGAAGACAGAACCCCUGAGGAAGGACUGCAGCUUGAGAGGGGGUGCUGUAUUCCCUUCUCUCUGCUGGGCCCCUUCCAGAGAGACCCUUGCCCUGGACCCAGGGAUCAGAGAGCCUUCAAAGGUUGACUGAUGUCUUGCAGGGACAGGGAAAUGGCAAGGCUUGACCAGAGAGGCUACCGGAAACCGUGUGAGAAACAACCUUGUCUCCUUGUCCUAUGCUGAAAGGUAGUCUGCAGAAGGAACCAAUGUCUGUUUUCUGAGUUCACGAAUUUGGGAUGAGCCACCCCCUCUCUGUCCCCACAGUCUGGUGCUUGGAAUGUUGAGAGGGAUGAGGGGUGGUGAGGUGGAGGGGUGUGCCCGGGCUUGGAAUCCAGCCAACUUAGGUGCUGACCCCCGGACUCACCCACUCACUACCUGUGCAACCGCAGGUAGGUACCCGUACUUCUGUGGGCCUCAGUUUCCCCACCUGGAAACAGUGAGUUAAUAACUCUUUGCAGACUGGUUUUAAGAUUUAGAGAAAAUACGGGGCGCCUGGUGGUUCAGUUGGUUAAGCGUCCAACUUCAGCUCAGGUCACGAUCUCACAGUCUGUGAGUUCGAGCCCCGCGUCAGGCUCUGUGCUAGCAGCUCAGAGCCUGGAGCCUGCUUCAGAUUCUGUGUGUGUCUCUCUCUCUGCCCCUCCCCUGCUCAUGCUCUGUUUCUGUGUGUCUCAAAAAUAAAUAAAAACAUUAAAAAAAUUAAAAAAAAAAGAUUUAGAGAAAAUAUAUGUAUGACACUGUAUUCAUUUCCAAGCUUGCCAUAACACCACAGACUGGUAUUUAUAAAUAAAUGGUAACAUUUGUUUUCUCACUGUUCCGGAGGGAGGCCGGAAGUCCUGUAUGUUAGUGUCAUUAAGGUCUCUCUCCUUGGUGGCCACCUUCUCCUUGUGUCCUCACAUGGUCAUCCCUCUGUGCAUGUCUGACUCCUAAUCUCCUCUUAGAAGGACACCAGUCGUGUUGGAUUAGGACCCUAAUAGACCUCACUGUAAUUUACCUCUUUGAAGAUCCCAUCUCUUAACACACAUUCUCAAGUGCUGGGGUUAGGACUUCAAGAUAUAAAUUCUGGGCGGGGACACGAUUCAGCCCAUAACAAAUGUUACAGUGCCUGAUGCCCAAGUAGGUGUGGAGAGAAGAGUCACUUUUGUUAAUUUUUAUUUAAAAAAAUAAGAACAAAAAGUACAAAAAUCCGUGGUUGACUCAAUCCAUGUGGUGGGAUUGAGGCAGAGAAGGUGACCGGAGUCAUUGAGGGGGUCAGUAAAUAUUCACUGACCACCUACUGUGUGCCAGGCCCCACUCUGGGCACUGGGGUUCAUCACUGCGUGUAGUGGGUCAAACCUCUGUCCUCACGAGCUGACACGCUCAUGUAGGAGAUGGACAAUAAGCAAAAUCAGUAAAGUGUGUUGGAUGCUUAAACGGUGUUGCAGGGGAUGCGGGGUGGGGGUGGGGGCUGCCUCUUGGCUGCAGCCCCCUCCCACCUCCUGGCUCCCUGUCAGGCCCCGGGGUCUUGUCUCCCACUCACAGGAGGCCUCUCUCCUCUCUCUGUCCCCUGCAGCGUGGAGGGCGAGGCCCCCAGCAGCGAGACCGGCACGUCCCUGGACAGCCCGUCGGCCUACCAGGGCCCUCUAGCACCUGGUUCCAGCCUGAGCCCGGACCACUACGAGCACACGUCGGUGGGAGCCUAUGGGCUGUACGCGGGCCCGCCGGGGCAACAGCAGCGCACACGGAGGCCCAAGCUGCAGCACUCGACCUCCAUCCUGCGCAAGCAGGCCGAGGAGGAGGCCAUCAAGCGCUCGCGGUCACUCUCUGAGAGCUAUGAGCUCUCCUCGGACCUGCAGGACAAGCAGGUGGAGAUGCUAGAACGCAAGUAUGGAGGCCGCCUUGUGACCCGCCAUGCGGCCCGCACCAUCCAGACGGCCUUCCGCCAGUACCAGAUGAACAAGAACUUCGAGCGCCUGCGCAGCUCCAUGUCGGAGAACCGCAUGUCGCGCCGGAUCGUGCUGUCCAACAUGAGGAUGCAGUUCUCCUUCGAGGGUCCUGAGAAGGUGCACAGCUCCUACUUCGAGGGGAAGCAGGUCUCGGUGACGGACGACGGCUCGCAGCUGGGGGCCCUGGUGCCGUCGGAGCGCGGCGACCUCGGCGAGCCGCCCGCCCUCAAGUCUCCCGCCCCAUCCAGCGACUUCGCGGACGCCAUCACGGAGCUGGAGGACGCCUUCUCCCGGCAGGUAAAAUCGCUGGCAGAGUCCAUCGACGACGCCCUCCACUGCCGCAGCCUGCACUCGGGGGAGGCGCCAGCUGCCGACACGGGGCGGGCCCGGGAUGCCGAGCCCAAGCCGGCCCUGCACGGCGCCGACCACCACAAACUGGACGAGAUGACGGCCUCGUACAGCGACGUCACCCUGUACAUCGAUGAGGAGGAGCUGUCGCCCCCCCUGCCCCUCUCACAGGCCGGGCACCGGCCGCCCAGCGCCGAGUCAGACCCGCGGCUGCGGGCCGGGGGCGCCUCGCAGGACUACUGGGCGCUGGCCCACAAAGACGACAAGGGGGACACGGACACGAGCUGCCGGAGCACGCCGUCGCUCGAGCGGCAAGAGCAGCGGCUGCGCAUGGAGCACCUCCCGCUGCUCACCAUCGAGCCGCCCAGCGACAGCUCCGUGGACCUCAGCGACCGCUCGGACCGCGGCUCGCUCAAGAGGCAGAGCGCCUAUGAACGCGGCCUGGGCGGGCCACAGGGCAGCCCCAAGCACGGCCCCCUGGGCGGCCCCCCGAAGAGCCUUCCCCGGGAGGAGCCCGAGUUGCGGCCCCGGCCCCCCCGGCCCCUGGACAGCCACCUGGCCAUCAACGGCUCGGCCAACAGGCAGAGCAGGUCCGAGUCUGACUACUCGGACGGGGACAACGACAGCAUCAACAGCACGUCCAACUCCAACGACACCAUCAACUGCAGCUCUGAAUCGUCGUCCCGUGACAGCCUGCGGGAGCAGACGCUCAGCAAGCAGACCUACCACAAGGAGACCCGCAACAGCUGGGACUCCCCGGCCUUCAGCAACGAUGUCAUCCGCAAGAGGCACUAUCGCAUUGGCCUCAAUCUCUUCAACAAGUGAGUGCCUGCCAGCCCUGCGGGAGCGUGGGGCAGGCCUUCCUCUCGUGCCCCGGGGCCUUUGCACGCACCUGUGGUUUAAAAAUGAGCAUGCGUGAGGCCGUGACACUGCGCUAAUGGCACCUACAGCAGCACCUGGCACAGCCAAUGCUGUCGUAGAGGAGAUUGGAGCCCGGUGAGCGGUGGG